AUGAAAUUUCAAGACCAGACCUCGUUGGUCGCGCAGAAGCACGGUCUUGCGCCAUUGGACGAGGUCUUUGCUCCAAACCUCGCCCAGCGUACGGUUGACUUGCAGACUCAAGAAUCAUUCGCCGGGUGGAUGCAGUACCAUUUUCCGAUCUACGCUGCUUCGUUCAAUUGCCGCGUGGACGUGGACUGGAUGGACUUUAUUCGAGGUCAGUGGUCCACUUUUCCUCCAGCACUGGUCUGGGCGGUCCGCGCCUUGACCACUCUGCACAAGGGAGUGAUACAGCGCGAUGCACAGGCCAUCAUGUGCGCCCGACAUAUGUAUGGUCGGGGCAUACGCCACCUGGCUUCUCUUCUGCAGACCAGUGCUGCACUGUCUGAUGAAACACUAGCGGCAGCCAUCUUGCUUGGUGGGUACGAGGUUCUUGACGGGAGCAGUGAAUGGUCGUGGAUCGCUCACUGCCGAGGGAUCAGCCAUUUAUUCUGUGCGCGCGGCCCUGCGGCGCAAAGAAGAGGCAUUGGUCGAACUUUGCUGCUCUGCUGGCGACCUUAUAUUGUCGCAGACGCCUUUAUACACGCAGUUCCCUGCUUUCUUGGCCAAUCUGAGUGGGCUUUAACAUUGAUGAGCGAGGAAGUCGCCAGAGAGGAAGAGCAGCAGCGAAAGGGCAGCCUACUAGGCCAGACAAUGGACUACGCAUUCACUGAAGUCGCGAAGUGUCCUGGUUAUCUUGCGGCAGCAAAACAUCUCGUCACUUCAAACACAGAUAAUAUUGCGUCCAGCAAAGUCGAGGACCUUUUGGAAAAUAUGCUCAUCUCCAGAGAAAACCUUGCCCAGUAUAACAGGAUGCUAGAAACAAACCACCCUCUGCCGUCCUUCAUCGGAGUGAUACCAGCGAUAUACGGGGGAACCCUGGUCCAGCAAUCCCGCGACGGCAUAACCUUCGCCAUCGCACUCAUUGACCAGUUAACGGCGAUUCUGCGAUCUCAUCUGGCUCGGGGCACCAGCACUCUCAUGAGCGGUCGCACUGACAAUUCAGGGCAAGGUUCCUGGCAUCGUAUGACUCGCUAUCAGAGCUCCCGGUCUAAUACACCCCCACUGGCUGCCCCCAGCAAUACGAAAGAUCUGGAUCUGAGCACCUUCGGCGUCAAGGAUCAGCUGGAUAAAUUCUCUCUAACGAUGGGUAUGGGUAGUUUGCUACCGGAUGCCUGCGGCUGUCCGCAGUUUUCAGCGCAUCAAUCCCUCCCAUUUUAA